CCAGGGACGAAGACUAGUUGGCCAACCAUUUAAUUUUCCUGUGGAGUCCGGAAGCGGGUGUCCCUCUGUGUUGCAAAUCGGAAUUUAUAAACAGGCUCUCCUUGAGAUGUUCUCAGGGUAUCAGGAGCGGGAUGACUACGAGGACGAGUUGUACCGGGAUGAUGCAGACUCGAGUUUGUCUGACACUGACAGUGAACUGGAGUUCCGGCUUUAUUCCCAGCUGCACUACAGCGCUGAGAUCCAGGAGGACCGGGAGGACUCGAGAGAGGUCCAGUCAUCAGUACCACGGACUCAAACACAGCAGAAAUCCUUGCCUCAUGCUCCACCUGUAGAUGUUAUUGUGAUUGACUCUGGCACAGAUGCUAUCACAGUGUCAGACAGCUCUGAGGAAGAUGACAGUGUCUGUACUAAAAAGGGUCAAUCAUCAAAACGCUGGAACAGGAAGUUGCAGACCCAUAGCUUGCUUUCACCCUCUCUACCACAAGUUCAAGCAAGAAGGAGCUCCCCAGAUGAUGUUGUUGUGUUGGAUUCUGAUUCAGACGACAGCUCUUCUGAAUCUGCACCUCCUUUUGUGGAGGAUCUGGAUUCGGACUCAGAUGGGCCGGAGAACUGGAUGAUUCUGGGCCAGGACAAACAGGAUGGAGAUCAGAACAUCCAGCUCAACAUCUCCUUACCAGAACAUGCAAAUGAUGAAGAGAAUAAACAGAUCUGGGCUGUAUCAGAAAAGGAUAAAGAGGCUCAGAUCUCUAAUAAAGGGUUUGGCCCGAGGCGUGUUUCAAACCGUUACUACAAUGAAAAAUCCAUCACGUGUCACAACUGCAAAAAGUCCGGCCAUCUCUCCAGAAACUGCCCUGCACCAAAGAAGGUGUCAUGCUGCUCAUUAUGUGGGCUUCAGGGACACUUUCUGAGGAUCUGUCCGAACCGUUACUGUUCUAACUGCUCACUGCCCGGCCACACCAAUGACAACUGUCUGGAGAGAGCUUACUGGCACAAACGCUGCCACCGCUGUGACAUGACCGGACAUUUCUUUGACGCUUGCCCAGAAAUCUGGAGACAGUAUCACAUUACGACCACUAAUGGACCCCUCUGCAAAGCCAGUGAUCCAGAGGCCUGCAGGAAACCUGCCUACUGUUACAACUGCUCUAAGAAAGGACACUUCGGCCAUGAAUGCACCGAGAAGAGAAUGUAUAAUGGGACAUAUCCCACCCUGCCAUUUAUUUCCCGUUACGACACAAAGAAUGACAUCCAUUACCGGGAAAUUCGAGUUAAAAAGCAGGCCAGAGAACUUAAGCAAGCCGGAUUGAUUUCACCUGACAGAGCUGUCAUUACAAAUACCCCCCAACCGCCCAGGAAGAAACAAAAAACCAGCCACAAACAGUCUCCAUACCCAUACAACACUCACACCAACAACCAGAACACGCCGAAGAGACGCAUCGCGCACACACCCAGACACACAUACUUCAACGUCAAGCAGAACUCAGAAACGCCAGGAAACCACGGCAAACACACCCCUAAGAGCAAGUUGAAACCGCAAGAGCAAAGCCAGAAUGAAGCCAAAAAGAAGAAAAAGAAAACACAAUCUGAAAUUGUUUUAGAUGAAGAUGCAGACAUUCCUAGAGGUUACAAAAAGAGCCCUCACAAGACCAGAGACGUUUCAUCACCACGGAAAGCCAAUGUGAAGCCGAAUAAGCCUUUUGGAAUGGAAAAGAACAAUAAAAAGGACAAACUAUCGAAAAAGAAGGAGAGGAAGUGGCAAAAGAGAGAACGAAAAGCUGCAAAAGAUUCUUCCAUGUAUCCUUCCGAUGAAAACCUUUUUCAGAUUAAGCAAAGAAAGCAUCCCUCCAGCACAACCAAUGGCAUGACGUUGGGGGCGGGGCUAUCAGUUUGGCCAACCAAUGGCUGAUGUGGGAGUGGAAACCAGUUUAAAA